UAUCAAACCGGUCCUUAGUAUUACUCUCCACUAGACUACCACCGCUACCACACACAGGACUUUGCUCGCAGCGUUUUAGAUUUCCUCCAAGGCCUCUUUCUCCGGUUUCUACCCACGCAUCUCCUCAGGACUCCCGUGUUUCUGUUCUACCAUAUUCCCAGAGAGAGAGAGAGAGGGACCAAAGAUGACGGAGGCAGUGAUAAGGAAUAAGCCAGGGAUGGCGAGCGUGAAGGACAUGCCAAUCCUCCAAGACGGGCCGCCUCCGGGUGGGUUCCCGCCGGUCCGAUACGCUCGUAGAAUUCCCAACAAGGGUCCCAGCGCCGUGGCCAUCUUCCUCGCCGCGUUCGGCGCUUUCUCCUGGGGCAUGUACCAGGUCGGCAAGGGCAACAAGAUCCGAAGGGCACUUAAGGAAGAAAAAUAUGCUUCCCGGAGAGCAAUAUUGCCUGUUCUUCAAGCUGAAGAAGACGAAAGAUUUGUCAAAGAGUGGAAGAAGUAUCUUGAAUAUGAGGCUGAAGUGAUGAAGGACGUGCCUGGUUGGAAAGUUGGUGAAAAUGUCUACAACUCGGGGAAAUGGGUGCCUCCAGCGACUGGUGAACUCCGACCUGAUGUCUGGUGAUACUCUUCCAACUGCAGUUAUUUUUGUGGUUGAUGUUUAAUCAUCGAGACUGGAUUGUUUUCUCUUCAAGCAAGUUACUUUUGUUGCUUAGAGCCCUAUCGUGUGAAAAUAAAAAUAUAUUUGAAACUUUUUUAUUUGUUUAACUGCCUUGCAAACACUAACAGUUUAUGUCUAAUAACUAUCCCAUGUUCGCCUA